AGAACACCUUCCACCAUGGCCACCUCAGCAAGUUCUCACCUGAACAAAAGCAUCAAGCAAAUGUACAUGUCCCUGCCCCAGGGUGAGAAAGUCCAAGCCAUGUAUGUCUGGGUUGAUGGGACCUGCGAAGGGCUGCGCUGCAAGACCCGCACCCUGGACUGCGAGCCCAAGUGUGUGGAAGAAUUACCCGAGUGGAAUUUCGAUGGCUCUAGCACCUUUCAGUCUGAGGGCUCCAACAGUGACAUGUAUCUCAGGCCAGUCGCCAUGUUUCGGGACCCCUUCCGCAAAGAGCCCAACAAGUUGGUGUUCUGUGAAGUUUUCAAGUAUAAUCGGAAGCCUGCAGAGACCAAUCUAAGACACACCUGUAAACGGAUAAUGGACAUGGUGAGCAACCAGCACCCCUGGUUUGGAAUGGAACAGGAAUAUACUCUCAUGGGAACAGAUGGACACCCUUUUGGCUGGCCUUCCAAUGGCUUCCCUGGGCCCCAAGGUCCAUACUACUGUGGUGUGGGAGCAGACAAAGCCUAUGGCAGGGACAUCGUGGAGGCUCACUACCGGGCCUGCUUGUAUGCUGGAGUCAAGAUUACAGGAACAAAUGCCGAGGUCAUGCCUGCCCAGUGGGAAUUCCAAAUAGGACCCUGUGAAGGAAUCCGGAUGGGAGAUCAUCUCUGGGUGGCCCGUUUCAUCUUGCAUCGUGUAUGUGAAGACUUCGGGGUGAUAGCAACCUUUGAUCCCAAGCCCAUUCCUGGGAACUGGAACGGUGCCGGCUGCCAUACCAACUUUAGCACCAAGGCCAUGCGGGAGGAGAAUGGUCUGAAGUACAUUGAGGAGGCCAUUGAGAAACUAAGCAAGCGGCACCAGUACCACAUUCGCGCCUACGAUCCCAAGGGGGGGCUGGACAAUGCCCGGCGCCUGACUGGAUUCCACGAAACCUCCAACAUCAACGACUUUUCUGCUGGCGUUGCCAACCGCAGUGCCAGCAUCCGCAUUCCCCGGACUGUCGGCCAGGAGAAGAGGGGCUAUUUUGAAGACCGUCGCCCUUCUGCCAAUUGUGACCCCUUUGCUGUGACAGAGGCCAUCGUCCGCACUUGCCUUCUCAACGAGACUGGCGAUGAGCCGUUCCAAUACAAGAACUAAGUGGACUAGGCUUUGAGUGAUCCUGAGCCCUUCCUAAUCACCCCACUCCAACUCUUUCCUGUCCCGGCUCUGUCCCCACUGUAACUCAAAGGAUGGAAUAUCAAGGUCUUUUUA